GUGUUUUGAUAACGGCUGCGGAAGGAGCUGUCAUCAGCCGUCGUCUCGCGCUGAAGCAGUAGUUUUUCCCACAUUAAAAAAACCCCCAAACGACAGGAGUUCAACGACAAAUGUAACCGCCUCACAGAAAGUCACAAUGGGAACGACGCCGAGACACUUGGUCGGUGUCAAACCGUCGAGAGCGCGGCUGCUGCUGCCGUUUCUCUCGACGCUGGUGCUCGUCGCGAGCCGAGGCGAGAGCCAAGGCGUGAGCCCCGCAAUGGACAACGUCGCGACCGAGAGGAUGGCCGAGGAGAGCCACCGCCAGGACAGUGCCAAUCUCCUCAUAUUCAUAAUGCUCUUAACGCUCACCAUCUUGACCAUAUGGCUGUUCAAACACCGGCGGUUCAGGUUCCUGCACGAAACGGGACUCGCCAUGAUCUACGGCCUGUUGGUGGGUGUGAUCCUGCGGUUCGGCGUCCACGUGCCCCAGAGCACGAGCGACCUGGUUCUCAGCUGCGCCGUCAACGCCAGUCCCGCCACCCUGUUGGUCAACGUCAGCGGCCGAUUCUACGAGUACACCCUGAAGGGGGAGGUCAGCCGCAGCAAAGGCCACCAAGUGCAGGACGACGAGAUGCUGAGGAAGGUGACCUUUGACCCAGAAGUAUUUUUCAACAUUCUGCUACCUCCCAUCAUCUUCCACGCUGGUUACAGUCUGAAAAGGAGACAUUUCUUCAGAAACAUCGGCUCCAUCCUGGCCUAUGCUUUCUUCGGAACAGUUAUAUCGUGCUUUGUCAUCGGGUUGAUCAUGUACGGCGUUGUGUCCUUCAUGAAAUUUGUGGGACAGCUAGGCGGAGAUUUCUUCUUUACCGACUGCCUCUUCUUUGGCGCCAUCGUCUCAGCAACAGACCCAGUGACAGUGCUGGCCAUCUUCAACGAGCUCAAGGUAGACGUGGACCUGUAUGCUUUACUCUUUGGGGAGAGUGUCCUCAACGACGCCGUGGCCAUUGUCCUCUCUUCCUCCAUCGUGGCGUACCAGCCUGCGGGAGACAACAGCCACAGCUUUGAAGGCAUGGCCCUGUUGAAAUCCUUAGGCCUCUUCCUGGGUGUCUUCAGCGGAUCCUUUGCUCUCGGAGUGGCCACCGGAGUCAUGACCGCCCUCGUCACCAAGUUCACUAAGUUGAGGGACUUCCCGUUGCUGGAGACGGCUCUUUUUUUCCUCAUGUCCUGGAGCACUUUCCUGUUGGCUGAGGCCUGCGGGUUCACAGGUGUCGUAGCGGUGUUGUUCUGUGGGAUCACUCAGGCUCACUACACCUACAACAAUCUCUCCCCUGACUCUCAAGACAGGACCAAACAGUUGUUCGAGCUGCUGAACUUCCUGGCUGAGAACUUCAUCUUCUCCUACAUGGGCCUGACGCUCUUCUCCUUCCAGUCACAUGUCUUCAACCCUCUGUUCAUCAUCGGAGCCUUUGUGGCCGUGUUUCUGGGCAGAGCCGCAAACAUCUACCCUCUGUCCUUCCUGCUCAACCUGGGCCGCAAGAACAAGAUCGGGUCCAAGCUUCAGCAUGUCAUGAUGUUUGCAGGUCUGCGCGGGGCGAUGACCUUUGCCCUUUCCAUCCGGGACACAGCGACGUACGCUCGUCAGAUGAUGUUUUCGACCACCCUCCUCAUCGUCUUCUUCACCGUCUGGAUCUGCGGCGGCGGCACCAUGCCCAUGCUGUCCUUCAUGAGCAUACCGUACGGCCGCGCAUCACUCGUGUGUUUCAUCCUCCAUUUCUGUGUUUUUCUGUCCAAAUUAACCUUUGCUUCCUUUUUCUCUUUCAGGGUGGGUGUGGACUCUGAUCAAGAACACUCUGGUUCUGCGGUGUUGGAUGGGUCGCAGCGGAGGAACACUAAGCACGAGAGUGCCUGGCCCUUCAGGAUCUGGUACAACUUUGACCACAACUACCUGAAACCGCUGCUGACACACAGCGGUCCGCCUCUCACCGCUACGCUGCCAGCUUGUUGUGGACCGCUAGCACGAUGCCUCACCAGCCCACAGGCCUAUGAGAAUGAAGGCCAGCUCUUCGACGACGACUCCGACUUCAUCCUGAACGACGCCAGUGUGAGCUCCAUGUACGCCGACGUUACCGUCAGCACUGACGCAUCCGGAUCCCGCACCGUCAACCGCAAUCGCUCCUCCACUGCCAGCACCGGGGGCGGCCCGUCCGACGAGGGGCUGGAUCACGAGCUCGCCCUGGCCGAACACGAAGUGGCGAUCAGGGGCACCCGUCUGGUCCUGCCAAUGGACGACCCGCUGGAGCCCCCGACCACCGUCACCCUCCCCCCACCGCCCUCCCCGCCGCGCGCUGAUCCUCGCAGACACAGACUGUAAGAAGGCGUCACAUCCCCAAAACCAUCUCAACUGAUUAUUUUAUUUUAUUUUGAUUGAAAUGUCAAACUGUGUGUUUGUUUCAUGUUGAUGCAGCCUCCUCCCUCGUCCAAUAUUUUAAAAAAAUAGUUUCAGCUCUGUGACAAGCCUCGAGGCGUGCUCUAUUUUACCCACAGUUGAGGUGGAUGACCUAAUUCUUGAAUGUGAAUGCACUACAUGUAAAGUUAGGUACUGUAUAUUAAAAGCACCUCAAGUCUAGUGGCUACCUAUAAAUCGAUGCGAGAUGCACAUUUAGUGAACAUUUGAGGAGGCUGAAAAAAACUAAAACUAAAACGGGACGGUAAUAUUUGCUCCCGAGUGUGUGGUACGGUGCUUUACCUGUGCUCUGUGAAAGCACCAAACACCCUGUGGCCGAGUGCCGCGAUUGCUCAAACAGUUUCAUAUGCAGUUUACCCCUUUUUUUUGGGGUGGUGAAGUUGCUUCUGACAAAAGGUCCCGUGUUUGUCUCGCUUCCAUCGAGUAUCUGUCUCGCUGAACCAGAGGAUGUAACGUUUGCUCUGGUGGCACUUCUUGACAUCCAGUGUUGUUAUUGAGCUUUUUUUUUUUUUUACUAAUCUCGCUCUUGUAUCUAGUUGAUUUGACCUUGACUUAUCAUUUUUCCCUGCGACCUGUUGUGUUCAACCUCCUGUUCAGUUGGCGGAUAAGAUUCAAAGAGGUGAAACCAGGGAUUUUAAUUGGCCAAAGAGGAAGCAACUAGACGAGGACACUGGUACCUGUGAUGGGAGCAGUAGUGGGUUUUAAAAUAUUUUCUACAAGAUUUUAAGUAAAUUAGAGCUGCAGCCUUGAGGUAGUUAAUCAAUCAGUUGAUUGACAGAAACUUAAAUGGAAACCAUCUCGACAUGCUGCUCAGUUGACCAGUUAUCUCUCACUUUAUCGUCAUUUUUACGAUUUCUGUUUCUGAGUCAUUUUACAUUAUACAUAUACAUUUUGUCUGUACAGCAUGGAAUUCUCAUACUCUAAUCAAUAUAAAAUAAUGAUUGAUUAUUCAAGAAAAUAAAUUGUCAGACAAAUGAAAAAAUAAUCUUAAGCCACAGCCCUAAAAUACCGUAGAUACCAUGAGACAAAAAAAAACACUGCUUCCACGAGUCAGGAGCAACUCCCAUUAUUUUACAUUUUAUCACCGCCGUCCAUUUCUCUUCAGUCUUUUUUACUCUUUUGAUUUAUUUAUUUUACACAAAACAAUUAUUUAUAAUUGAUUUAUUCAGUUUAUUUAUUUAUUUAUUGUGUAACAUGGACGGUUGCGUCGCACCUGUUCUUUUACAGGAAGCGGCUCAGCGGUGAAAGGCCUCAAUGUCAUGAGCCUUUUUCUUGAAAAGCACUAUGACUCCUCCCACUGAGGGGAAGUCAGGAGGGAGGUGGAUGUUUCAUUCCAGGAGUUUGUCAUCCUCUGCAGCGUGUGUUCAUGUUAAAAGAGAUCGUUUCCAUACUGUAGCAAAUGCUUCUACUUUGAAACUUUUGCAUUUUUACAAUUGUGCGUGCGUGUGCGUGGCCAAAUCUACUGAUGUGGUUAUUAGGGCUAACGUCCAUCUCUUGGUUUUCUUUCGUCAUCUGUUUUAAUCGUCUUUAUUUGAGACAAAAAAAAAAAGGUUAAUGGCUGUGUCUUUGUGAUGUUGUAUCAACAAAGACGACUCUCGAGGGCUGGCUGAACUGUUUUGAAUUAAAGUGCCUAUUCAGAUAUUCAAUGACCUAAUGUAGAUUUUGUAUAUAUUUGAUUUGCUAAUGUGCAGUAAUAUGAUCUUUUCUUUUUUUGGUUUUUAUAUAUAACACUAAACCUUCUGUCAGAUCUUGUUUUCCCAGUAUAAUUAGGUGACUGCCAUUUUUCAAUUUUUUUUCUUGGUGCCCUGCAGAGUGCAAACUAAAAUACUGUAUCUGCAUCAAUGGAAAAUAACACUCAAUAUUUUGUCAUAUAUAAUCAUUUUGUGGACAGAACUUAUUGUGUACUUGUCAAAAAUGUUUGUUUCGCUUUUUAGAUGAAAAAGUCAGGAGCUGAAUGGGAAAUUUGAAGGUCAAAGGAAAGAUGAUGACACAGUACAGUAGUACAGUAGAUAGAGGAUGUCACUGACUUUUUACUGAUGCAUUGUUGAUCUCUAUGGCGACCGAGCUCAUCGACUGUUUCCACCUCCAUGAGGGAUACUUUGCCCGUCCAACACACCGAGGCUGAUCCUUAUGACUGAGGUACAAAAUGAAGUCCUGGUCAUAAUUACAUGUUUAUUUUAAUUGUGUGUCACGCUGCACAAGUGUUAUGUUGAUCUUCUAGCAGUAUUCUUCACAUGAGGGUUUGAGUUACGGUGUAAUCAACCAGAGAUAUGAAUUUUUUUGUCUUCUUGUCUCUGCGAAGAAAUGUUCAUUUCUUGCUUAUAUUUUGAACCAUAAAAAAAACGAUGUACAUUUUGAAGAAUGAGAUGAAAUCUUAGAAUAGCAGCCACAACUAAAAACUUAAAAUCUAAACAUGUCACUAUGUUUCUACUGUUUGCAAAAAAAAAUAAACCUGCAAUAGUUCUACAUGUGAAAGUUAUUUUUUAAAUGUGAAGCUGAGGGAAAAAAUUGAUCUCCGACUGAAUAGAUUCUUUCCCCUGUUGUCCUCCUGAAGUUACGAGCUGUGUCUCCUCAGUCAGACAUAUUGUGAGUGUACAGGAAGUAAAUAAAAGCAAACUCUGGAAUUCAA